AUGAACUUUAGGGGGAUUUUUCUAGCCAAGUGCCUGGUGGUUUUAUUCUCCUGUGUAAAAGGGUCUGCAGAUGAAGCCCAUAAAGUGUAUGGUAUUCGGAAUGGUUCUGUUUUCUUGAACAUUCCUGAUUUCAAAGUGGAAAAGCAACAGGAAGUAAGAUGGCUCAAAAAUAUAUUAAGCCUCACGAAAGGCAAAGGUUCUGUCGUGAAAUAUUACAAGGAUGAGGAAAAGUAUGAGCAGUUCCCCAAUGGAACCCUGAAAAUAGACCGCCUGGUGGAAGAGGACAGUGGAAAUUACAAAGUGACCGUGUACAAUGGCACGGGAAGUCUGCAAGUGGAGAAGAACUUAAUUCUGAGCGUUCAGGAAAUGGUCUCUAAACCAGAAAUCAAAUGGACGUGUUCACAAAAGUCCAUAACGGUGACAUGUGAGGUGAAACAGAAGAACAAACCUACUUUUCGUUUGCUUGAAAAUAACAAGACAGUCUCUGCCAAGAGAGAGACAACAGAUGCAAAUGACAUAUGGAAGACUGAAUAUCAACACAAGGCCAAAAGCCGUACUGCAAAGUUCCAAUGUGAAGUUAAAAAUGACGUUAGCAUGAAAACUACUGAUCAGGAAAUCAAAUGUUCAGGGCCGCUGGACAUUGUUCUCAUUGGGAGCAUUGCAGGAGGUGCCGUUGUCUUUGUCAUCUUUUUGGCUCUGCUGAUUUACUGUAUCAGGAAGAAGAGAGCAGAAAGAUAUGAAGAAGAACAGGAUGAAGAGACACCGAUGAAAAUUCAACAAUCGAGUGACGAAUCGAAAUAUCGGGAGCUUCCUAAACCUCCAGUUCACGCUCCCCAGAAGCAGCCACGCCAGCAGCAGAGACCCCCUCCACAGUCUCAAACUCAGUACCAGGCAGGGCCUCCCCGGCCCAGGCCACGCACUCAGCAGAAAUCUCCAAGCCACAUGAAAGAGAGACCGUAAGCAUCUGUCCUGGAGGAACAGAACCUGUCCCACUACUUGCUCUGGUGGGACUCGCCACAAA